AUGCUACAGGGGCUCUGCCUGCUCAACUCAUCCGGGGAACAUAACUUGAACUCGGCCGUGUUUGUCGUGCUGGUGAGCACGACAAACACGGCCGAGUUCAAGUUAUGUUCCCCGGAUGAGUUGAGCAGGCAGAGCCCCUGUAGCAUUACGGAGCUGCUAGCAGAGAGACAGGAAGCUAACAACAGCAGUCACUGCCAUGUAUGGAUGUCCUACACCGACUUCCUGCGUCACUACUCUCGGGUGGAGGUUUGCACUCUGACCCCCGACACCAUCGACGACGACUCCGUCAAACACUGGAGCGUCACCAAGUUAGACGGCAGCUGGAGGAAAGGGUCCACCGCCGGAGGCUGCAGGAACCACCCCUCGUUCUAUUUCGUCUUUGAUUGUAUGGGUUAUCUGUGCUUUUUUAAUCUUUUCAGCCUAAUACUUCUUUGUAAUCUUUAUCUGGUGGUUCUGAUCAGCACGGAGCGCAGCCUGCACCAGCCCAUGUACCUGUUGUUCUGCAACAUGAGCAUUAACGAUGCGUUCGGGGCCUCCACCAUCAUCCCGCCUUUGUUGAACGAUAUCUUUACUCCCAUCUCGGAGCGCUACGUUGGUUACAUCCUCUGCGCCUUCCAGGCCUUCUGUGCUCACUUCUAUGCGAGUGCUACUCACACCGUGCUCAUGAUCAUGGCGUUCGAUCGCUACGUGGCCAUCUGCAACCCACUGCGCUACGCCACCAUCAUGACCCACAGGAUGGUGGUGGGUCUGUCCGUGUGGGCGUGGGCCAUCUCCUUCCUCAUGGUGGUGGUCCUCAUCGGCCUCAGCGUGCGUCUGUCUCGCUGCAGGACGGUUAUCCUCAACCCGUUCUGCGAUAAUGCCUCCUUGUUCAAGCUGUCCUGUGAGAGCGUGCUCAUCAACAACAUCUACGGCCUCGGAUACACCGUGGUCCUGCUGGGCUCGUCGCUCGGCAGCGUCACGCUCACCUACCUGAGGAUCGCCAUGGUGUGUCUGCGCAGUAAGAACAAGACUCUGAACAGCAAAGCGCUGCAGACCUGCGCCACUCACCUGGCCGUCUACGUCAUCAUGUUCGUGUCCGGCUCCAUCAUCAUCGUCCUUCAUCGUUACCCGCACUUGUCGGAUCACAGGAAGCUGGCGUCCAUCUUGUUCCACGUGGUUCCUCCAGCUAUGAACACGGUUAUCUACGGACUGCAAAUCAAAGCGGUCCGACAGAAAAUCUUUAUCAUGUUCACCGGGAAUACAACGACGGGGGGGAAAUGA